UAGUAUCGCUUUGUAGCCUCCCCGGGACGCAACUAAGCUUGUGGUGGUGUUUGGCACAUAUCGAACCUCGGAAAAGAACGGGGAGUUGUUUUUGGCGAAAGCAGCAAAAACGGUGUCCAUAUAGUGUUUACUAACAAUAGUUUUCAUAGGCAAUUAAAGCCGCACAUUCCUUCCACGAUGGGCUGCACGGAGUGGGUAGAAUUGAAUCAGAAGAACAAACCACAAAGCAACGCAAUAGCGACAGGAGUGUUUACACUUCUAGCGACGGGCAUGUACCAUGCCGCAACCCUGUACGAUCCAGGAUAUCGAAAUGAAGAGUGGGCCUACAGUCGCUCAGACACGGCAGUUCUUGUAACAUUGAUGCUCUUCCAUAUUGCGGCCAUAGUAGGAUCACUCGCAGGAUGGAUUCUGAUCGAGCGUUACGCCAAAAAACAGAUCAACUUUGUAACGAUGUCCUUCGUGAUCGUGGGCUGCACGGUAAGCAUCGCAGUGCCGCACAGCCUAAUUGCCGUCGCCUUUGCCCGCAGCCUGAUGGGAGUGGCUCACGGUCUUGCCUACCUACUGGUGCUAGUGCACGGCGGCGAGAUAGUGAUCAAGGAGCUGCGUGGUGUCAUUAUGGCGGCGGUAAACUUUUGCGUCAUCUCCGGUGCGCUGAUCGGUGGCAUCGUAAACCCGGUCGACCUGGAAAGCCUUACCGCACACCAGUUUCUGGGCAUCAUUGGGCUCACCUACAUGCUGCUAGCUUUCUUCCUCAACCUGAUGCUCUGCUACGAGUCGCCCGUCUUUCUGCUCCAGCGCAAUCACGAUGCGGAAGCGCUACGCAGUAUGCUGAAACUGCGCAACGAGUCGACCGAGUCGUGGGAAAUUCGUAACGAAAUGACCGAAUUCAAAACGAUGCUGUCGGAGGAUGCGACUACAUCGCGGUCCAUCUUUAUGGACGGGAAUCUUCGCCCACUGGCACUGGUGGCGCUCGGCAAGGUUGCGUCCGUGCUGUCGUUCAACUACGCCGUCAACACGGUCAAAGCGAACGUCAUCGAUGAGGUGUUGGAUAGCAGCGCUACCACCACCACCACCGAUAUACGGCUGUCGAUUGUCAUCCUGAUGUCGAUAAGGAUGGUGGUCGGUAUGGGCGCCAUGUUUGCGGUCGAUGUACUCGGGCGCCGCGCCCUCCAGCUCGUAUCGAUCUGCUCCACCGGGCUGGUCCUGGUCGCGAUGGGUAUCGUCUACCUGGUGACGGACUCCAUUACGCCCGACAUCGGGAUGGCACUGUUUGUGGCCUGUGAAGUGGGUGCCUCCCUCGGACUUACCUUCAUCCCGGACGUGCUCUGCUCGGAAGCGUUCAACACGAAGAAGAAGGCGCUAUCGAUCGCUGUAGUUCAGGUGCUGGAGCAGAUACUGCAUCUGAUCGUGUUUGGCGUCGUGUACUGGUGGGACUUUGCUGUGUACGAUCGGUACGGAGUGACGCUGCUAGUGGCCGGGCUACCAAUGCUGGGCAUUGGAUAUGUGCUUUACCGGAAGCUGCCGGAAACGUCCAAGAUGUCGAUACGACAGGCACGGAUUGAGUUUUACAAGCGCGAGGGUAUCGUGUUUGGUGGUAGCAAGAACUCAGUGGAGGUGCUUUACGACUAGAACAGAAGUGGAGACUGGGACUGGUGUUGUAGAAUAAACUAUUAAACUAUUUUGUAAUUUAUAGUUAUU